AUCAGGAUAAUAAAGUAGACGAUUUCGUACGAGAACGAGGAGCUCUAACUCUAGUUCAGUCGAAGAGGACCAUCACAACUUGCCAGGAGCCCCAAGACGGGAGAAAGAACAAGCGAGUCGGCAGAUGGUUCAACAGCCUCCAUUGCCAUUUGCUGCGCUCGAGGAAACUCAUAAUCUAGAAGUCGUCUCCAGUUCAAUAUUUGCUACUCAAAAACAUAAUCUGCUUUAUCAAGGAGGAGGAGGAGCAACAGUUGCAGCAGGUGGAGCGCAACAUCAACAAAGUUCACUUGGAGCAGGAGAUGGAGGCACUGGUGGAGGUGGAAGUUCGUCUAGUUUUGCGAAUAAGACUAAGAAUCACAUCAGUCACGAUCUUUUAUCUGCUGCACCUGGACCUGAAGAUAUUAGAAAUAAUGCUGAUACUAGCAGUAAGUUCGAUUAUGAUGUUUGUGGGCAACAAGAACAACAACAAGAUCUUCAUCAACCUUUAUUACACGACGACCACGAGAAGCAUCAGCGGCCACCAGAACUACGCAAUACGAACAGUUGUGAGAGUUUGCAGGAUUUCCGUCGUGCUGCUUCAGGUCAAGACAGCUCUUCAGCAGUCUUAUCAUCACCAAAUGGUGCCUUCGCAUCUGGAGGACAGCUUCUCUGGGCGCCUAGACCAGGCACAUUACUAGGAGGUGGUGGAGCCUCCAAUGCCUCUUCAGCGUCAGAUCUGAAUACGAGUACAAGCAGCAUAAACUUUAGGUCACACUUGAUGCUGAGCCACCAAAGUAGCCCAAUGGAAGACGACCGCGGAGGUCAUCAAGUUAGGAGGCGUCGAUUGCCAAAUUGUUAGUACUGUAGGUCUACAACUACAGCUAUACCCCUAGACUGGGCACACGACUACUACUAAUACAGUCUAGUAGAAAUACUUGAUUUUUCAUUUUCCAUGAUCCCGACGACAAAUUAAUAUCAACAUUCUAUGUAUUAGCAUUGGCUUUUCUUUAUUUACUUGUGCUUGUGCCUUGUCCCUAAUCAGUCAAAAAUCUACAUCUAGUUUCUUCACAUUUACUUGUGUUUGUGCCAAGGCUAACCUCCUCUAAUCAACGAACGUCAAGCCUAUCUUCUACAAAUUUCCGAGGAGGGGGUGGAACUACAGGAGACCAGACCGAUUUCAAAACUGAGGAUCAGCGCUCACUCGGACCUUCAUCUUUGAUGCUCCAUCCACCAGUAUCUUCAAUACCGAAUCCGACUACAAAUCCCACUACAAAUAAUCUCAGUAUCUCUACAGGAGCUGCUCCUCACUCUCACUCUUCAACAUCUCAUAAUAUUGCAGACCCAUCUAGCACAUCUUUGCUUAGACAUACAGGUGGAGGGGCCACUAGCACUACUAAUUCCACUAAGCGUCCCACUAAUCCCAGCGACAAUAUAAUUAGUACACCAUCAACAAGUAAUAUAGGAGGGCCCACUAGCGCUGCAGCGUCAACGUUAACGCCUACAAACACUACAACAACUGGUAUUAAGGGUUACCGAAUUGCAUCCUUUUCUACUACCAUUCUUGACUUAUUUCCCAAUAGGAAAGAAGGCAAGGAUGAUCUGAAGAAUGUAAUUGCGCAACCCCUAAUGGUACUGGAGUCAACAUGGGAGGUGGAGGAGUACUGUCGUCGACUGAGAUUGUCAAAGCGUCUGGGGGUUUACUUCAACAACAACAUCACUGGACCACAGAGUUGCAGCAUGGCUCGCCGCCAGUCUCAGCACUGUUUCCCUUGUUAUGGUGCAGGAGUGGGUCUUGUACUUGUUAUAAUAGAGAAUGUUGUUGACUUAAGCGGGUUCGGGCAGAAACUUUCUUCAGAGACGAAAUCUUAGGCAAUCUUAUCUGCCGAAUAGACUCGAAUCAUCAUACAUAGUUUUAGAUAGAAGUCUAACAUCCGCCAGAGAAUUCCUAUCGCCAGGCAGCGGGUCGCUUUCGCCUGUCGUCUUCCCGCACCCGCUCUCUGGAACGCAGAAUCCGCACUCACUGCUCACGCGUCUCAUGGAGCAUGUGUCUUUAAGGCUACCAUUACCGUCACCGUAUUUAAGGGUAGGUUAAAGGUGCUUUUCUUACCGCUUUUUAUGCCUCUCCUAAGGGAGAAAGGCAUAACAAGCGGGGUAAGCAAGCACCAAAAGCCUACCUCUAAUGUAUGUAAUUGUACUAAGUAAAAAAUAAAAAGAGCAUCUUGAUAAGCCAUGAAGGAACUACAGUCUCAAUCUCUAUCAGCUACAGUUACAGCUACAGAGAAGUAGAUGAUCAUGCAUCAUCUUCAUCAUGUCCAAGAAUUGCAUUUUUCACAAUUUCUACCAGCAGAACCAGAAGAGAUAAAAAUGUCUGGUCAUGGACAUUUUUCACAAUUUCUACCAGCAGAACCAGAAGAGAUAAAAAUGUCUGGUCAUCUAACAUGGGAGCGCGGACCGCGUUUGCAUAAGGCACCGGGGAAAGGGGCUUUGAAUAUGCCUGCUACUGGAGAGAACGGGAACACCAAUACAUCUGUUAAGCCUGAUGUUUUACGUGACAAAUGGAUGUACAAAGUUAACAUAGAGAUAGAUUGAUACUAUGUAUUUUAAUUUUCGACCCGUUGUAUGUUCAUUCUCAUCUCUUUUAAUCCUCGCACGGGUGCGCAACAACGGGGUGGAAACCUAGCUUUGGCGAAGCCGGAUGGGGAUAAAUCGAUGGCACCUACCAGAAUCAUAGUACUAAUGAUGCACCAAAUCCUAAUCAUUUAGAUCGACGUGACCUCGUCAUUGAGUGGUCUAUCAUUUCAUUUUUGCGUCUUUGUCUAUCAAUGAUUAUUUCUCUUACCUCAACCUGAGUGAGUACUCCAAUUACAACCACUUCGUCCUCCAACAGGCCACAAGUGAACGGUUACAGUUUAGGGAAGACAAUUUGUUCGGCCCUUCGAGUUUUCAACUGUGGAAGCAGGCAAGACAGUUGACGAACAGCGAAAGCGACAGCGGAUAUGAGGCAGGGUAUUAAGGCAUUGAUGUGGAUGAAAUGCCAGUGAUUCACUUAGUUCUGAAUGGCAAUGUUUUUUUUGGCAAGUUCGAAGCAGCAUGAAGAUGAUAUUGUUGCUGCUCUCGGAGCAGCUGUGCCACCUUCUAAUGCGACGAAACGGACGCCGACGAGAGUGAAUUUUCGGAGUAUGAGGGCUAUCAUUUCAUGCAAGGAGUUACUGCUGCCCCUACCUCAUCUUCGAGCUCAGCGAGUAGUCACUUACCUCCUCAUAUCACUAGUGGACGCCCUCAUAGUUAAGAUAGAGAUUGAUUAAGAAAGAGCAUUUUUCUUUGUAAUAUUCAAUUUCAAGCUGAAUCCUUUGCAGUUUUUUAGUCCUCAUCUUCAAUCAAUCUGACGAAUCUUCCUAAAAGUCCAGCUACAGAGGAAGGGCUGCAUCCUCGCUGGUUGGUCGCCUGCUUCAUCAGUUCAUCAGUAGGAUAGAAACUACAGGCCAACAAGGAAGAAGUAGUGGGAUAAUAUUAACUUUAGGUCGUGACCGUGACGCACCACAACCACAUUUUUUUGAAGAAUAUUCACUUUCACAUCGUAUCGUAUACUAUAAGUACCCCUAGCGCUAGCUCUACCCCGUCCUCCAUCUUCAUAACGUGUCCCGGAAGCGCAAACAGAUAGACGCUUUGGUGAACUUGACGAUGAGAAUGAGUCUGGAUACGCAUCACGAAGUAGAAGACGAAACCGAGAAUCCGCGUACCAAGUGCCAAAGAUCGUCGAGCAGCAAUGUCGACGAACAGUUGAUCACCGCAACUUCAUUUUUAUGGGGAAAGGAUGGAACAAAUGGUGUGAGACAGAGACGGAGAGAAAGUAGAGAAUUGGAGGAAGUCAUUUGAGAAAUAGAUAAUGCUAUGUAUUGGAAUUGAAGAAUGAAGAUCUUGAAUCAUCUUGUCAAGUUAGAGUGUUUCUUGUUGUGACAGUUAGAAACACAGGAUUCUUGUGAAGAGGAGACAUCACGUCGGUGACCAUGAUUAUGGAGUGAUGAUGUUAGUCGGUUCGGAAUUGUCCUACGACUAUGGAGUAAACGCGUUUCAUCUUCCUACUACACCCAGCUUGAUGCCUCUCUAAUUCAUCCUUCUCAAUCUCAACAACAGCCCUCCUCUCAACAUCAAGAACGUGCUCAGUCCGUUUCUAGUCCUCUCUUUUCCGGAUUCGGAGUGGAUAAAGGAUUUUAUGAUACUGGAACUGCAACUGCAGGACCACAGGUCCACGAGGACCAGGGGAAGUAUAUUCAUGGUUUCCCAUCGUCGACAACUACUAAUGCCACUACAACAUCAAGCUCAAGAGGGAGGAGCAGUCUGCUUCCGUUUGAUACUACGAAUGCGGGUAGCGAGCAGGUCUUGGAUCCGGGAUUAGAUAGUAAUAAUGGUACCGAGCAGGUCGAGCAGGAUUUAGGUAGUACUAGUACUAAAAGUGGAGGUAACGAGCAGCAGGCUCAGGCAGUGGAUAUCGGAAUGGAGAUACAUCAUGAAAACCCUGUUGGAGAAGACGAUCGCGUGAGCGGUAGGAGGGAACAAGACCUGAAGAUGGAUGUAGUCGAUGUUGAAGACUAAGUCGUGACUGCGCUUCGACUACAACGAGUAUAGAACAACCAAGAAUCAAUUUUUCUCGUCCCUUACACGUUACAGUUUACACACCGCAGAGCGAUUACCGUCUCAGUGACACAUCAACAAGAUGAUGCUGCAGGCUUCGUCAAGAUAUUAUAAUCUGGAAUUCAACCCAGAUGAAGCAUCGUACCAGAUCAAAAAAAUCUAAAUCCAUGCGCCAAAGGCUGUUCAUCACGGG